AUGAGUAACCAGGCUGGUCUUAGAGGUCGAGUUGAAUUGCUGAUUAAACCCGUCAAAGAUACUACAGACGUGAUUGUUGAAGAGAAAGAAGACGGCAAUCUUAGACUGAAGUUUACUCCCAAAGUAGCUGGCGCCUAUAGCAUUGAGGUGAAGAUUAAUGGCGAUAGACUACCGACCUGUCCCAAGACUGUGCAGGCAAAAGAACGGGAACUUGUUGUGGUCGGUGAGUUGAAGUUAAAGUUCUCUCCCGGAGACAAGCCUGUAAACUUUUAUGGAAUUGCUGUCAAUACGAAUGGCACGAUAGUUUUGACAGAUAACUAUGGCCACUGUAUCUAUGUCUUUGACAAAAAUGGCAACUGUUUGAGAAAAAGUAGAGGCGAGGGUAGCAAUAGAGGACAAUUUUGGUACCCUAAUGGCAUUUCCUUUUUAAAUGACGACGAAGUCCUAAUCGCAGAUAACGGCAAUAAUAGAAUACAACGACUUAAUAUUCAGACAGGAACUGUUGUGAAAAGUUUCGGGAAAAAAGGCAGAGAAAAAGGAGAGUUUGGCAAUCCAAUAGACGUUACUGUGGAUAAUAAAGAACGCAUUGUUGUAACCGAGUGGGGCAAUGGUAGGAUACAGGUGAUGUCAAAGGAAGGAGAGUCUAUUUUCACAUUUGGAGACAAAGGACCAGAGAAACUUGAUGGUCCAACCUGUUGCAUUCUUAAAAAAAACAUGUUUCUCGUAUCUGAUGGAGGCAAUAGCUGCAUAAAAGCUUUUGAUCAGUCAGGAACAUUGUUAUACAAGUUUGGCAAACAAGGGUAUCAAGAUGGAAAAUUUAAAGCGCCGUAUGGUUUGCUUGUAGACAGCUAUAAUAAUCUUCUAGUGUGUGACUUGGGCAAUAACCUAGUUCAGCAGUUUUCUUUAGACGGUCGCUUCACCGGCAAAAGUAUCACUCGUUUAUCUCAGCCUACGGCGAUAUUAACAGCAGCAGACGGGCGUAUUCUUGUUACUAGCUAUGAUGAGAAAAAAUUGUACAUUUUGAAAUAGACUCUUUCAAAAGUGAACUUUGCAGUUUGAGCCGCUCCUUACCUAUGUUUUGUUUUAUUUUUAAUACUGUUUUAUAACUCUUAUGGAAGAACUCUUAGCUAUUAUAUCAAGACUUACAACUACACUUGGAGACAAAAACCUUUUCACUCGAAGUAAUUAGCGCAGGUCUUUUAAAUUUAUCAGUUUCAGUCCGUUUUAAUCUUUUCCACCCCUCUCCACUUGGCCAUCCAUGUUUCUUCUCGGUUUAUUAAGUUCUUUUUUAACUGUUUUUCUACGAUCUGAAGUUAUGUUUAUUUUCUUAAAGGUCAAUGUAUUGUAUGUUUUGUUCCAUAUAAUAAGGUGAGACGAAUUAGAAAUGCAUUGAAUAAAUGUGACUUAAAAGUUAUUUACAGUUUGUUGUUAUGAAUGAUUAGAAAAAUUUUUAAUUUUAAAAUUGGCUGAGGCAACAAAUUAGAAAGGAUUAAAAAUUAUAUUUUUUAUCUUUUCCCUUUUUCAACCCCCCCCUCCUGAUUUCUCGCGAACAAAGUGCGAGCGAACCGGGAAGCAAAAUAAACAAGCGAUAUAUGGCUUAUUUGCAUAGAUUAGCUCGCUUGCCUUGCUGCAUACACGAUUACCCAUGUUGUUGAACAACAUACCCUAUUCAACAACAAAAGCUACAACACUUGCAACAAAUAACAAAUAAUUUAACUGUCCGUGCAUGUUUGAUAAUCUCACCUUAAUUCACAAUUGUCCAUUUUCGUAACGUGACGGCGUUUCGUUUCGAUAAUAAACUGUUUAUUAAAGCUAUUAAGUAUGUCAAGUCCUGACAGAUUUCAGUUCUGCUUUCUCAAAAAUCUAAAUAUAUUCGUAAAAAGUAGCUUUUUGGUAUUUUAAAAGAAAACUACUGAUUUUCUGUUUUCAAUGAAUUAUGUCUUCAAAACCAUAAGCGUUUAGAUAACUGUGUUUUCAAAGAUCUCUGGCAAUGACUAAACCGAGGAUAUAAACUUCAAGUAAGACAGAUGAGAAAUAUAGUCGAAUGUCUCGCCAAAGGAAUGCAAAUCACGAAUUAUUGUUUCAGUUUCAGCUGAUGACGUUGUUGUCAGCCAAAUUUCCUUUUCUGUUAGAAGAGGCUGCCACUGCGAAGGAAUAAGUCUAAAUUCUGAAAUGCGAUUGGUCAGAGGGAGUCAGUUGUGAUGGACUUUGUGCUAUUUUCUUGGAAACUGAAAUAUUAACUGUUAUUUCGUAGAAGUGUUUUGAAAGGGCUCGUCACUUGAAAAACGAACCAGUUUACUACAGUUUAAGGCGAUCGUAAUGAAUCCUCUCUUAAAGAGUCUCAAGAAACAAGUUACUUGCUCGAUUUGUCUCGAUACCUACACCGAGCCUAAAACUAUAUCAUGUCUUCAUACAUUUUGCCGUGAGUGUCUAGAGAGACAUGCAAGAGUGAGCCAGAGACAAGGGAAAUUCAGAUGCCCCGAGUGUCAGGUAGAAAUCGAUUUACAGCAUGGAAAUCGCUUCGACCGUUUGCCUAACAGCUUUUUUCACAAAAGUCUGUUAGGUGUCCUUGAAGCGGAAGAUCGCCAAGCCAUUCCCAGGCAACAACAGGAGACUUGUUCGCAACAUACGAAAGAAAGAGUGCGAUAUUACUGUUCCUCGUGUGAGGCGUGUAUUUGUCCAAUUUGCGUCGCCGAAGACCACCGAGGCCAUGCGUUUGACGUGCUUGAAAAAGCAGUGCAAGAGGAUAAGAAAAACAUCAUGUUGGCUGUCGAGACCAUCAAGGAAAAGGCAAACUUGUUUCGAGCAGAGUUGAAUAAAUUAGACAAAACAUCAGUGGAUGUGGAAAUGAUUAUUGCAAUCGCUAAACAAGAAGUGUCGAAGGCAACUGAAGACGUGAUCACAAAGACGCAACAGCAAGAAAAACAGCUCUUAGAGUCUUUAGAAAUGACGCGUAGGAGGAGAAUGGAGCGAGUCACCUCGGCAAAACAAGAACUGAAAUCUUUAAUAAAAAGAAUUAACCUAGCAGCUGAAUUUGCGGAGAAUCUAGUGCAGCGAAGAUCAGCUGCGGGUAUCAUACAGAACAAACACAUAUUGAGGCAGAAACUUGAAGAGCUUCGUGGAGUCCAAGUUCCAAAACAUCACCAGGCUACAUUUGUCAAAUUUGCCGCAGUAUCGCAACACAACUUUAAACUGGGCUCUAUUCAAGUCUCCGAGAAGCCGGCAAUCGCAGCUAAAUCAACUCUUGAAGGACUGGAGAAGACUUUUCAGGCUGGUGUAGAAGCAAAGUUUACGUUGUGUCCACAGACAUCUGGAGGAGAGGUAAGUAACUUCGCUGAUCUCGAAGAUCAAGUCGAAUUGCUAAUAACACCCGCCAAAGAUGUGACAAACGUGACUGUUGAUGAGGAAUGCGACGGAAAUGUUAGGCUGAAGUUUACACCCAAAGUACCCGGGGCCUACAGCAUUGAAGUGAGGAUUAAUGGCGAUAAACUACCAACCUGUCCCAUGACUGUGCAGGUAAAAGAACGUGAACUUGUUGUGGUCGGCGAGUUGAAGUUACAACUCUUUCCAGGGGACACGAUUGAACGGUUAAGUGGAAUUGCUGUGAAUACAGAAGGCCAGAUAGUUGUGGCAGAUGCAUUUGGCCACUAUGUUUAUGUCUUUGACAAAAAUGGCAACCGUUUGAGAAAAACUGGAGGCGAGGGUAGCAAUACAGGACAGUUUUGGUACCCUAAUCGCAUUUCGUUUUUAAAUGAGAACGAAGUCCUAAUUGCAGAUUGCGGCAAUAGCAGAAUACAACGAUUUAAUUUUCAGACAGGAACUGUGGUGAAGAGUUUUGGAAAAUUCGGCGAAGAAAAAGGAGAGCUAAAUAAUCCAGUAGACGUUACUGUGGAUGAUAAAGAACGCAUUGUUGUAACUGAGUGGGGGAAUAAUAGGAUUCAGGUGAUGUCGAAGGAGGGAGAAUCUAUUUUUACAUUUGGAGACAAUGGCCCAGAGAAACUCCAAUAUCCAAACUGCUGCAUUCUUAACAAAAACAUUUUUCUCGUAUCUGAUGGAGGCAACCAUUGCAUCAAAGCUUUUGAUCCGUCAGGAACACUCCUAUACAAGUUCGGCAAAGAAGGGAAUCAAGAUGGACAAUUUACAACGCCGUAUGGUUUGCUUGUAGACGGCUCCAAUAAUCUUCUAGUAUGUGACUCUGGGAAUAGCCGAGUUCAACAGUUUUCUUUAGACGGUCGCUUCACCGGCAAAAGUAUCACUCAUUUAUCUAAGCCUAAAGUGAUAACAAAAGCACCAGACGGGCGUAUUCUUGUUUCUAGCCAUAAUGACAAAAAAGUGUACAUUUUGAAAUAG